AUGGCAUUCAUUGAAUAUAGAGGGUUUGACCAUAUCUGGUGGUACGCUGGCCCUUGGCUCUACUACUUGAUUGCCUUCUAUUGCGCAUUGCCAUUUUUAGCUUACAUAGUAUUACCUUACUUUACACCAAAGAGAAAAUUCGAUCUGAAGAGGAAAAUAAUCACUUUAUUUGUACUUGGAGAUAUUGGCCACUCUCCUCGAAUGACUUACCACGCUAGAUCAUUAUCUAAAUUGGAUUAUUUUGUGACUGUAUGUGGAUACUUAGAAACAAGACCUGCGGAAGACAUCUUAGACGACGUGAACAUAGAUUUAAAAGAAAUAAGACCUAUAAGGAACUCUUCCAAUUUACCAUUUUUAGUCUUUGCUAUUAAGAAGAUUGUCCUCCAAUGCUUUCAGUUGUUAGAUUUGCUUUGGGAAUUUGCUGGUUCGAGUGACUACAUUAUGAUCCAGAACCCUCCAUCCAUUCCCAUAUUACUACUUGCAGUACUGUAUAUAAAGCUUCUACGCUUAAACACUAAAAUCAUAGUUGAUUGGCAUAACUUGAAUUAUUCCAUCUUAAACUUGAAGUAUGACAAUGAAAAGCAUCCAUUAGUGAGAAUACUCAAGAGCUAUGAGAGAAUAUUGGCCAAAUAUGUUGAUUAUCACAUCACCGUAACGAACGCUAUGAAGGAAUUCCUCAUUAAUGAAUUUGACAUUCUGCAUAAGAAGGGUCGCAACAUCUUCGUGUUGCAUGAUAGACCUGCAGAAGCAUUUGCUCCACUAGAACAGUUGAAUUUAUCUAAGUCUGAAAUUGUUAGAAACCACGAAGUUUUCUCUGAUAUUCCAAAUUUGGAUAAGUACAGGAUAUUGGUAUCGUCGACGAGUUUUACAGCUGAUGAGGAUUUCAACGUUUUGUUGGAUGCUCUCAAAGACUAUGACACUACUUGUGUUGCCGAUAAGUUACCACCAAUUGUGCUCAUUGUUACUGGAAAGGGUCCAUUGAAAUCAGCAUUCCUUGCUCGGGUUAAGACUCUUAAUUUCCUGGAUAAUGUAAUUAUUAGAAGUGCAUGGCUUUCUUAUGAGGAUUAUCCUCUAAUCCUUGCCUCAGCAGAUUUGGCCAUAUCACUCCACACCUCAUCGUCAGGAAUUGACUUGCCUAUGAAAAUUGUAGACUUUUUUGGCUGCGGUGUACCAGUAAUUUCCCUUUCAUUUGCAGCAAUUGGCGAGUUGGUAAAAGAUGGUGAAAAUGGUUUGAUUACAAGGGCCGAUGCCAAGGGCGAAGUAUCUGAAUCUCAAGAAAUCUUUAGACUCCUUACUGAGGCAUUCACAGAUCAUGAACUACUUCAGAAGAUCAAAAAGGGUGCAAGGGCAGAAAGUAAUCUAAGAUGGGAUGAAAACUGGGACAACUCCUUAUCGAAGCUCUUCCCUAAGGUCAAUUAA